CUCGUUUUCAAUAUCCGUUUUCUUGUGCCAUCCAACUGACGCAAGUUUCGUUCGUCCUCUGUAUCGUGGACUGAUCACGUGAAGAAAUAGAUCAGAGAAAGAAAAACCGUUGAUCUCGAUUCCAUAGAUAUCGCAAGUGAAGAACGCAUACGAAUUCGAAUAUGAAGGCGACGCCGGGAAGCUCCGGGUACUUGGAAUUGUAUCCGGAGAGAAAAAUAUCGUAUUUCAAGAAUCCCUACAUUCUCGGUGUCACCGCUGCUGCUGGCAUUGGUGGACUCCUCUUCGGCUACGACACCGGUGUUAUAUCAGGGGCUCUUCUAUAUAUUAAAGAUGAUUUUGUCGAUGUCCGGAACAGUAGCUUCCUUCAGGAAACAAUUGUAAGCAUGGCAUUGGUUGGUGCAAUUAUUGGAGCAGCAACAGGCGGCUGGAUUAAUGAUGUUUUCGGACGUAAGAAGGCCACACUUACUGCUGAUGUUGUCUUUACUCUUGGAUCAACUGUUAUGGCUGCCGCACCAGAUGCAUAUGUUCUCAUAUUUGGCCGUCUUCUUAUUGGCAUUGGUGUGGGCAUAGCUUCUGUCACUGCUCCUGUAUAUAUUGCAGAAUCAUCACCAUCAGAAAUAAGGGGUUCAUUAGUUAGCACAAAUGUGCUUAUGAUAACUGGUGGACAGUUUCUUUCUUACCUCAUAAAUCUUGCCUUUACCGAGGUUCCUGGGACAUGGCGGUGGAUGCUGGGAGUUGCUGGGUUGCCAGCUGUUAUUCAAUUCUGUGUCAUGCUUUUCUUGCCUGAGUCUCCAAGGUGGCUUUUCCUGAAGAAUAGGAAAGAUGAAGCUAUUUCUGUGCUUUCUAAUAUCUAUAAUUAUGAACGCCUAGAAGAUGAAGUCAAUUACCUCACAGCUGUUGCUGAGCAAGAACUGCAAGAACGGAAGAACAUUAGAUACAUGGACGUUUUCCAAUCAAAGGAAAUCAGAAAUGCAUUUUUUGUUGGGGCCGGACUUCAGGCUUUUCAGCAGUUCACAGGUAUCAGCAUAGUCAUGUAUUACAGCCCCACAAUCAUUCAAAUGGCUGGGUUUAAUUCCAAUCAGUUAGCUCUUCUUCUAUCUCUCAUUGUUGCUGGCAUGAAUGCUGCUGGAACAAUUCUCGGCAUUUAUCUAAUUGACCAUACAGGACGAAGGAAAUUGGCCCUCACAAGCUUGUCGGGUGCAACCGCAGCUCUGGCAAUCCUUUCUGCAGGAUCUUACCUUCAAUCAUCUGACCCCGCAAAUAAAACCUUUGGGUGGAUAGCAAUUGUUGGGUUAGCCUUGUAUAUUCUUUUUUUCGCUCCAGGAAUGGGACCGGUGCCUUGGACUGUGAACUCAGAAAUCUACCCGGAAGAGUUCCGUGGUGUGUGUGGGGGAAUGUCAGCCACUGUAAACUGGAUUUGCAGUGUGAUAAUGUCUGAGAGCUUUCUUUCAGUUUCUGAUUCAAUGGGCCUUGGUAGUAGUUUCGUGAUCCUUGGUGUUAUAUGCGUGGUUGCUUUUUUCUUUGUGCUCUUGUUCGUGCCAGAGACAAAAGGAUUGACAUUUGAAGAAGUGGCUCUCAUAUGGAAAAGGCGAGCCCGGGGUAAAUAUUAUGACACACAAAGCCUUCUUGAGACAGGAAGCCAGUUCUAAGCGCCUCAUUUGUGAGCUGCAGUAUUAUUUGGCGCGAGCUAGGAGACUAGUCAUAGUUAUUUGAGUUGUUAGCUGCCACAUUAUGGGAUUCUUGGUGGUAGCUUUGCUGUGAUUCAAUGCCGUGGAUUUGUACAUUACCAAGACAUUGUUGGUGUGGUUGAUGUGUGUGAUUUUCCAAAGCUUUUUUAAGGAGAAUUUUAGUUCAGGAAAUUUUGCAAACUAAUCUUCAAUAUAGGAAUUAGCCAAAAUAAAGUUUCGUGGUUAAAUACAAACUCGAUUAACCAUGUAUCCCAACUUUGGUUGAUAACAUUUUCAAUUGAAGAGAGAUGUUUGCUACUUCCUGAAUUAGGAAUCUGCCAAGAGUAAUUAAUUUAGUAAGAGAUGGGAUGUGUUCUUGGCAAAUAGGCAAAUCAAGUAAACUUGUGAUUCUUAGUUAUGAGUACUACGUGUGAUUACUACUGUCGUGAUGUAUGUAUGGUAUUUGAUGUUUGAAUGUUGCAUGGGGUGAUUGAAAACUAGGGUAAUGAUAUAUUUUUUGGAUAAAAUGAAACUAGUACACUCUAGUA